AUGGGACUUCCUACCAGUCAGAAAGCAGCUGUGAAGCAGGGAGAGGGCAAGUCGUCCACCGCACCAGUUCAAGAUGUCCCUGUCAACGAGCCUGGUCCUGGUCAAAUCCUCGUCAAGAUCAACUGGACUGGCCUUUGUGGAAGCGACAAAUCACUCAUCUACGAUGAAUGGGCCACGCAAGGCCUGAAGAUGACCCCUGAUACCCAUGGUAUUGCUGGCCAUGAAGGAGCAGGAGAAGUCGUUGCAGUCAAUGACGAUGUCAAAGAUCUGUGGAGCGUCGGAGAUCGAGCUGGAGUCAAAUGGGUCGCCAGUGUCUGCAGAAAGUGCGAAUUCUGCACCAAUGGCACAGAUGAAUUGCAGUGCCCCAAGCAGCUCAACUCUGGCUUUUCGAUCCAAGGAACAUUCGCAGAAUAUUGUUUGACAGACGCCCGUUAUGCUACGAGGCUGCCAGAGGGUGUCUCCGACGAGGAAGCAGGGCCGAUCUUGUGUGGAGGAGUGACGGCCUACACAGCCUGCAAGCGAAGUGCUGUGAAGCCUGGCCAAUGGAUCGUUCUGCCAGGAGCUGGUGGUGGUCUAGGCCAUUUGGCCGUCCAAUACGCAAAAGCAAUGGUAGGGUCUUUUUGGCAAUCGCAUCGUUGUAACUCGUUGGCUGACAACUACACANNGGGCAUGAGAAUCAUCGCUGUCGAUGGUGGAGAUGAGAAGGGCAAGCUCUGCAAACAGCUCGGCGCAGAGCACUACAUCGAUUUCCGCACCAGCAAGGACGUAGCAGCUGAAGUCAUGAAGCUCACAACAUUCGGAGCUCAUGGUGUCAUCGUAUUCGCCGCUACCAAAGAAGCUUACGGAGCAGCUCCCAACUUCCUCCGUCCAGGAGGAACCGUAGUAGCUGUCGGCUUGCCAAAGGACGAAACAAUCAUUGCAGGAGCAUCGCCUUUGACACUAGUCCUUAAGAGGCUCAACAUCGUUGGGUCUGUGACCGGCACCCUGAAGGAAGUGGAAGAAGCGCUUGAUUUUACGGCCCGAGGCCUGGUCCGACCCAUACUCACCAAGGGAACUCUAGAAGAUGUUGACCGCUUCUUACAGCUCUUGGACCAAGGCAAGCUCCCCGGCCGAGCUGUCCUCAAGAUUGCUGCUUGA